AUGGGUGACCAGGGCUCCAUUUACUCGAUACUACAGGAUGUUCCCAUCAUGGUGUCUCCUCAUUAUCGAUUGCCCAAGCAGAUCUUUGUCUCCUCGGAAUUAGCACCUGUGCCCGAUUCAAUUGACAGCUUGGCAGCUUAUCCAUUUACAGUUGAAAAAGAGACACUUUCUAUGAUGGAGGAAGCGCAAAAGCAGCAGGAACAGGACCGAGAACGAUUGUCACAAUUACAACAAAAGUAUCGGGAGGAGCGUAUCAAGCAGCAAAAGUUAGCAGCACGUAAGAUUGCACCUGGUUUCCUCGAUACGGAGACUCGUAUUCUUAAGCCUGAACCAUUGCAUCAGCUUGGAGAAGAGAGUGAGAGUAUGCGACGUCAACAACAAGUGGAUUAUCUUCGAUUUGAACAAGCAUUGGCACCACCUGAUCCAUGGGACCAACCUGAGAAUGAUAUGAUGGCAUUACGUUCUAUCCUAGGAGCUAAUAAUCAACCCAUCACUACCACUACCACUACUACUACCAACACCAUCACACAUGCACAACAACAGCAACAUGCACCACCACCACCCCAGGUCACGAGUGCAAAUGAGCAACAAGGAUAUCCUCCAGUAAUGUGGACAGUAGCACCAGAUACCACCAACAAUGGCCAAUUUCAACAUCCACCACCACCUGCUGCUGGUCCUCGUCCUCCUCAUCAUCAUCAUACUUCCUCUCCACCUAUCGCUCCUGCAUUACCGCCAAAACCAUUCUUUGAUACAAGUGCUUGUUCAUCAGGUCAUACUUCUCCUCAAACGGUCACUUCUAUAUUACCCAAUGCGACAACGGCUAUUGCAUCAUCCUCACCUUCUGAUCCAUCCAAUUCACCAGUCAUUCCACCUCCUCUUCCACCUCCACCACCUGCUCCUCCAGCAUCAGCUACCCAUCCAGCACAUGAUAAUCUGAUUCAAGAACUCGUUAAUAUGGGAUUCUCAAGGCCACAAGCUGCCGAUGCAUUGGAAAAGAAUGAUCAUGACUUGACAAAGGCCACCAACUUUUUGUUAGAUCACGGAGGGGAUUGA